AUGGGUUGUGCCAAUGAAAAGGAAUGCAAAAAAUAAGUCUAAGCUCAUUCAUGUGGAGUUUUUUUAGGAUAAGAUAGCUUAGCCAAUUUAGAAACAAAGAUUACUUCUCUCAAUUAAAAUAUUGUUAAUAAUGAUAUUGACUCCCACUAUCGUGGUGGCUCUGUGAAAACAGAAAUAGAUGAUAACGGCUCCAUAAUUUUAUUUAAGAAUGCGGUUAACAGCAAUCUCCUCUCAAAUCAGUCUAAAAUUAAGAUUAUUUAAAGUUUUGAUUAAGGAUUGAACAUAGGCUAAUACUUGAACGUAGAAGAUUCAUCUGAAGAGUUUGAUCAAAGAAGGACUAAGUCGUUUGAUCCUAGUGGAAAAUGGAAGAAAAUAAAUGAGGAAUCAAAAGAAGAUUUAAAUAAGGAAGACUACAAUGAAUUUUUGACUGAAUUUAUGAAAUAAUCUUAUAAAAAAAAUAAAAAAAGUUAUAAUUAAAAACUAAAAGUAGGUCCAACUUAGCAAAUUCGUUGGUCUUGCUGGAAAACAAAGCUUUUAAAUGAAGAGGAAUACUAGAAGUAUUUUUAAUUUAAAGUGACUAAUAUUUAUGAAUAUUUACUGUGUCCAUACAUGAACAAAAAUCAAGGCUAAUUUUAUGAAAAUAAUAUGUAUCAAAUUGUCAAAGACAUAACAAGAACUUUUCCAGAAAUAAAAUUUUUUGAAGAUAAGUAAAUGGGUUAAGAUCAGCUAAAAAGGACUCUGAUGGCAACAUCUAAUCUAUUUAGAAAGGUCGGUUAUUGUCAAGGAAUGAACUUUAUCAUGGGAAUGCUUUUGCUUGUUAGUGGAGGAGAUGAAUCAUCUGUCUUUGAUUGUUUUAUAAGUCUUUCUUUUAGACCAGAAUAUAUGCUUGUGGGUUUGUUUGAAAAUGGUUUUCCUUUGCUAAGAUUUUUAGAAUAUGUAUUUGAAGAUUUAUUUAAGACUCACUUAAAUGAAUUGUAUUUGCAUUUUAAGGAUUAAGAAAUUGUAAAUACAAUAUGGUUAACUAAAUGGCUUAUGACGUUAUAUUUAUAUAGUUUUCCUUUAAGUAAGUGUAUUCGUAUUAUGGACUAUGUAAUUAGCACUAAUAUUUUUGCUUUGAUAUAUGUUGCUCUUGAAAUACUUGUUUAGUAUAAAGAACAGCUCUUAAAGAUGGAUAAUAUGGAUAUGAUACACUUUUUUUCAAAAAAAAUGUGUAAAGUAGAUGAAAGCAGUUUCACUCAAACAAAUUUACCCUCCCUUGAUACAGUAGACAUAGAAUAAGUUAUCUCGAAUGCAUAAAAGUAUCAACUUAAAAAUAGUUAAAUAAGAAAACUGGCAAUAGAAUGCAAAGCUUACGUUUCUGAGGAAUAUGCUUAAUUAGUAGACAAAGUAAACUAUCAAGAACAAGAUUCUGAUAGUUUUGUUUAAAACUAUGCCAGUGAAGUUAGCAACAUAACUUUUUUUGUAGAAUAUUUUACCAUCAAAGACAAAUAAGAAAAACUAAAGUAUCUAGAAAAAAUUAAGCUAUAUUACAUCAAUUAAGAAAUCGUUAAAGAAAAAAAAUAAGAUUGA